CAAUAGUGGAGCUCUUUGCAACAUCAGCUGCUGCUGCAACUGGAGGCAGGGCAAGAAAUAAAGAGGGGGAAGGAUUUUUUUUGGGGGGGGGGGGCUGCAUUUAUUUUAUUCAAUCUUCCUUUGCUUUCAAACCCCUUCGUUGGAAAGUUUUUAACCCCCCUCUUUUUUUUAAGGGAAAAAAUAUCCCAGCAGCAUUGGGAGGAAAAAGCAAUUUGAGAUAAAAGGGAUUUUUAAUGUGAUUUUUCUUUCUAAGGUUUGGAUUGGGAGCCAGUUUUCAAUGUGGAAGAAGUCCUAGGGAGGGAAAAAUAGAGGGAUGAGAAAAGAGGAAGGAGCUUGAUUUUUAGAUACAUUUUUUUAAAAAUCUGAUUUUUAGCCUGAUUUUUUUUAAUAUAUAUAUAUAUAUAAAUUAAUUUUGGGGGAUUUAAAAAUAAAAUAAAAAUCCUGCCCCCUCCAAAGCAUGGAGCAAAGGGAAGAGGCCCCGAGGAUGAAGCAACAGCCGGAGGAUCAUCGAGCCUCCAAAGUGAUCCUCCCAGAAGUGAUGCAACUCCCCCCAAGUGAACAGAAUAGCCAUUUGCAUGGCACAAUGCCCCUCACAAGGGAGGCAGAUACACACAGGAGUGACCGGUCUCCCUCACCACCCUCUCCAGCAGCCGCUCUUCAGUCCUCUGCAGGGGCAGCGUUGCCUACUCAAAAUGGCCACCCUGGCGUCAAGAUGGCCACAGUACCAGCUGCCGAAAUGAAACCUCUCCUUCAGACUAGCCAAGAGAGCUGCCCGCCCUCCACACUCCUUCCAACUGUGGAGACCUUGCCGCCUAAGAGUGACCGCCCUCCACCCAUCGGUGCCCCAACCACACCUCCUGCAGAAGAAACACAUCUAGAAGAAACCCCCCGACCAUCACCCAAGAAUAAUGAACAGCCUUCCCCUACCCAGGGGUCUGCCAGCCCCCGGACCAAGCAAGAUACACAGAAGGCUCAGGCCAGGCAUAAACAGGCCCGAGAAAGGCGUGAGGAACGAGCCAAACAUCUGGCAGCCAAACGGGCCCUGUGGCUGGAAAAGGAGGAGAAGGCCCGGGUCUUGCGGGAAAAACAGCUGGAAGAGCGGCGGCGGAGACUCGAAGAGCAACGAGUUCGAGCCGAGAAGCGUCGAGCAGCCUUGGAAGAGCGCCAGCGUCAGAAGCUGGAGAAGAACAAGGAACGGUACGAAGCUGCCAUCCAGCGCUCUGCAAAGAAAACCUGGGCCGAAAUCCGACAACAACGGUGGUCAUGGGCCGGCGCGCUGCACCAGGGCUCCCCUGUUCACAAGGAUGGAGGCCUCCUUCCCACUUUAAUCUUCACAACAAACUUACAAGGUGCCAGCAGGUGCUCCCUCUCUGCUGUAAACCUCCCCAAACAUGUGGACUCUAUAAUCAACAAGCGCCUCUCCAAAUCUUCUGCCACUCUCUGGAACUCACCCAGUAGAAACCGCAGCCUACAACUCAGCCCUUGGGAGAGUAGCAUCGUGGACCGACUCAUGACACCAACGCUGUCCUUCUUGGCACGCAGCCGGAGUGCUGUGACGCUUGCUGGAAAUGGCAAGGACCAAGUGGUGCCCGUAUGCCCUCGCUCAGCCUCUGCCAGCCCUCUCAGCCCCUGCAACAACCACCGGAUGCAUCACCGCUGUUCCGAAAGACGACGGACGGCCACCAGCAGUCCAGAUGUGACGCCGCGGCGCAAGGCUGAGGCUUCUCCUAAAAAGAAAGAGAAGAAAGAUAAAGAUCGGGAAAAUGCUCAAGAGAAAAGCGCCCUUGCCCUACGAAAACGCCAGUCUAUGCCUUCUGGCCAGGUUCGCCAGCUGCGCACACCUGAGAGCAGCCCCGGACCCAAGCCCAGGCCAGCAUCCCCAGCUGUUGCCAAACAACGCCCAGCCUCACCAAGCACUGGUCCCAGUUCCCCCCAUCGGUCGGGUCUCAACCGCAGCUCCCAAUCUUCGCCCAAAGUGCGACCGCGCAGGGAUCACGACAGCCAGCCCAAAGUCCGUGAACGCAAGGAUGAGCAGAAGGAGCGAGGCGCGGCUUCUCCGGCCCCAGGCGAGACUCCCAAGAUCGUGGGGAGCAACGAAACAGUACCAGAUACUUCCAGACCCACCGGUGCUGCAAGUCCAGUGCCAGCGCCUCAAGCGACAACUCCGGGCAAACCCAUGGCGGGCACCACAGACCGAGAAGAAGCCGCUCGGCUCCUGACCGAGAAACGGCGCCAAGCCCGGGAGCAGAGAGAACGGGAAGAGCAAGAGCACCGGGAGCAGGAGGAGCAAGCAAGGCGCCUAGCGGAGGAAAGGGCCCAGCAAGAAGCCAAAGAACGCCUCCAGCAACAGGCUGAGAUGGCCAGGUUGGAGGAAGAACGUCGGCAGCAGGAAGAAGAGCGCGUUCGGCAAGAGGAACGCGAGGCCCAGGAGCGGGCCAGGGCUGAGCAGGAAGAGCAAGAACGCCUCCAGAAACAGAGGGAGGAGGCAGAAGCCCGUGCCCGCGAAGAGGCUGAGCGCCAACGGGUGGAACGUGAAAAGCAUUUUCAGCGGGAAGAACAAGAGCGGCUGGAGCGGAAGAAGCGGCUGGAGGAGAUCAUGAAGCGGACACGGAAAGCAGAUGGAGCCGAUGCCAAAAAGAAAGACGACAAGAAACUUGUGAAUGGGAAGGAAGGGAAACAAGACACCGAAAUGGGGACAGGUGGCGAAAAACGCCCUGGAAGCCUCCCCAAGGAAGAAGAACUGCCUGAGAUGCAAGCAUCAAGCCCAGCUGGUCACAAGGGCCCAGCUCCUGAGGGCACGCAACACAGUUCUCCUGCAAGCUCCGCUCUGUCCCUGGUGAAUGGCCUGCAGUCGGCCAAGCAUGAGAAUGGCUUUUCAUCCCCCAAGGAGACCAGCGGACGGGAACACUCUGCAAGCCCCGGGCUCAGCAUGGCCAGUGAGCCCAUCCUACCUUUUGCCAACAAGGAGCCCUUCCUCACCAAGGCUGUGCCCAAGGCCCCACAGAUUACGGAGGUUCUCUAAGCCUUGACGCCACCUUCCUCCUCCUCCCUGUAAAGGACGGAUGCCACGACGUGCCAACUCCAGGCUAGCUGUACUCGGAAGAAGACAAUACCCCGACCCCCUGCCAUCCCCUGCCCUGCAAGGAAGAGGACUUUGCAGGAAACCAGGCUGGGAAUGGCCCAGCCCCACAGACUCUCUCGUUCUUUUACUGUUCUCAUUUUAUGAUGACGAUGAUUAUUUUUUUAAUAUGCACCUUAUCAGACUGACCUCCCCCCUUCCCUCACCCAUAGCUCAUCCCACAAGACUAUAUAAUCACAGAGCUAUUUAACUGGCUGGGUACAAAGGAUGUGAAUAAUGUGUAUAAACCUCAGUGUUAGCAAACGGGAUUCCACAAGCAGCC